AUGCGUCUUGGAAAAAUUCCGCUGGUGAUUGGCAUGCCCAUCCUUGUGUCUCAAAACUUCGAUGUUGAAGGUGGAAUUGUCAACGGGAGUACAGGAACACUCAGAAAAGUAAGAUACUCACUCAACCAUGAAGGACAGCGAAUUUUAAGGUCCUGCAUUGUGGAAAUCAGUCACUCGACAGAUGAAACACUUCCAAACCUACCCCCACAUCAUAUCCCCAUCCUCGAAGACUCUGUAGAACUUAGAUUUACUCAC